CAAAGAACCAAACAAUAUCUACAAAGACAUACAUAUGAUACGGCACACAUUCUCUCUCGCUCUCUCUCCCUCCAAGUCCAACUUGUGUUUAACAAAAUAAUGUCUUGAGUUGAACCUGCUUACUGGGAUUGGACAGAGAAGGGGAGGGAGAGCUUUGGCUCGUUUACCUUUUUGCUUUUUUGCUAAAUUUUUUUUUUUCUUUUACCUUCUCUCUCAUAGGCUUAAUAUAAUAUGAUAGGGACUAUGAAGUUGUGAAGGUUCUGUUCUUUAGAGCUGUUCUGGCAGCUUGUCUCGUUCCUCUCUCUCUCUCCUCUCUGACCCAAAAUUGAAUAAAGAACGAAAGAAAAAAGCUCUUUGCUUUUUUCCUCUGCUUAGACUCCUGCUUCUAUCGCAUCCAGAUCGUGUCAGCCAGUGAGCCAAUUGGGUAGCUGCUGAUUUGGUAAAUACAGUCUUCAAGCUGUCCUUAACUGGAAGAAGAUUGAAGACGAGCUUCUGGUGUAUAUAUUCUACUUCGGGAAGUUGUUAUUGAUCUUUGACUUGAGGGUGCCAGUUUUUGCUUCUGGGUUUCUAAGUUUGACUCUCAAGGUGUCAAAUUCUUCUACUUUAUUGAGAUUGCUACAGAUAUUUACAGAUUCUGAAAUUAGUAGAAGAGAAUGAUAUCUGAAAACAAGAGUUUUGCUUCCCUUGAUUAUUGAUUCUGAGAUUACUUUAUCUUCAUAUGGAAAUGGGUGUCUCUAUCUGGAUUUUUGAUUUCUUAUAAUAUCGAUUUUGUUGUUCAUUGUUUUGAAAUGGGUUGUUUGUAUCUGGGUUUUGACUCUGUUAUUUGAGGUAUCAAUUGGGUUCUACUUUGAAGGAGCUUCCACCCAUAACUGGGCUUGACUGGAUUUGUGUUUGAGGCCAUUUCUUUCUCAAAUCAUGAUCAAGCAGAUACUUGGUAAGCUUCCACGGAAGCCAUCUAAGUCAGCUGAGAAUCGUGAGUUUGGGGGUUCAUCUGCCUCUUCAUUAAGUUCAAGAAGCAGUGAUGUAGUAAGUAAUAGGCCAAUUAACUCAAACAGCCUACCUCUGUUGGGUCUUGAUUCUGCUUCAAAUUUAGGAUAUAGCCAUGGAAGUAAGCUCCCUCAACUUGUAAAUUCAAAUCUAAAUGGAAGUUCUGCUACUGCUUCUUAUCAAGCGUUGCCAGCAUUUAGGGAUGUACCAAGCUCUGAGAAGCAGAACUUGUUUAUGAAAAAGCUGAACUUGUGUUGCGUACUGUUUGACUUCACUGACCCAACAAAACAUCUGAGAGAAAAAGACAUCAAGCGGCAGACGUUGCUAGAGCUGGUAGAUUAUGUUACUUCUGCAAAUGGAAAAUUUACUGAAACUGUCGUGCAAGAGGUUAUAAAGGUGGUAACUGUGAAUUUGUUCAGGUCGUUCUCUCCGCAGCCCCGUGAGAACAAGGUUUUGGAAGCGUUUGAUUUGGAGGAGGAGGAGCCCUUGAUGGACCCUGCAUGGUCACACUUACAGAUUGUGUAUGAAUUUUUUCUGAGGUUUGUUGCAUCGCCCGAGACAGAUGCAAAGUUGGCUAAGAGGUACAUUGACCAGUCUUUUGUACUCAAAGUAUUGGAUCUCUUUGAUUCUGAGGAUCCUAGGGAAAGGGAGUAUUUGAAAACAAUUCUGCAUCGCAUCUAUGGAAAGUUUAUGGUGCAUCGCCCAUUCAUUAGGAAGGCAAUCAACAAUAUAUUUUUCCGAUUUAUUUUUGAAACAGAAAAGCAUAAUGGGAUUGCUGAGCUUUUAGAGGUUUUGGGCAGUAUAAUCAAUGGAUUUGCUCUUCCACUUAAAGAAGAACACAAACUCUUCCUUGUUCAGGUUCUGAUCCCCCUUCACAAACCAAAGUGCUUACAAAUGUACCAUCAGCAGUUGUCCUACUGCAUUUCACAGUUUGUGGAGAAAGAUUGCAAGCUUGCAGAUACUAUUAUAAGAGGCUUAUUAAAGUACUGGCCAAUCACAAAUAGUUCAAAGGAAGUCAUGUUCCUAAGUGAGCUGGAGGAAAUUUUAGAAGCAACUCAGCCAGCGGAGUUUCAAAGAUGUAUGGUGCCCCUCUUCCGCCAACUAUCUCGUUGCUUGAGCAGUUCACACUUUCAGGUGGCAGAGAGGGCGUUGUACUUAUGGAACAAUGAUCACAUUGAGAACUUAAUCAGACAAAACCGUAAAGUCAUAGUACCCAUCAUCUUUCCAGCUUUGGAGAAGAAUGGUCGCUACCACUGGAACCAAGUGGCCCGGAGCUUGACAUUAAAUGUCCGUAAAAUCUACUCUGAUGUUGAUCCUGAGCUAUUUGAGGAGUGUUUGCUCAAAUUUCAGGAAGAUGAAGCAAAUAUGGAGGAGAUUAAAACAAAACAUGAAACCACGUGGAAGCGCUUAGAAGAGAGUGCUGCUUCUAAUGCUGUUAGCAGUGGAGCAGUUGUUCACCGCUUGAACCCAAUUGAAACAUCUUCAAACUAAUGAUAGAGGGAUAUAUUCAUGUAGUUCGAAGGUCUUGUGUUUCUUUUUUACUGCUUUUUGGCUCGUUUGGGAGGGAGCAUUGCGUGGUUGUGUGCAUUGAGAGGUUGAACACUAUUAGAUAGUUGUCCAUACACUUUUCUGUUUGUCCCUCUAUUUUUGGCUCUUUUCACCCUAACGUUCAAGAGAAACUCUACACAGCAAUGACGUUCGUGAUUCUGGAAUUUGCACAGAUACCAUAUGCUGGUAACUACAAAACAGGAGUUAGAAGCUGCAUUAUGCAUUGAGGAUGGCGAACAUAGAGCUAUGGUUGAUGGUUAUAAGGGUUAACAUGACAGAAGCUACAAAAUACAGGUAAUUUUAUCCACGUGGAGUUGAUUUAAUUGCUUUGAAGUCCUUACUAAACUACUUAGUUUCGUUUCUGUAUGUGUAUGUAUUAUAAUAUCUAAACAAUCCGUUUGUGUUUGAAUUUUUUGAAUAUAUUGAUACUUCUGAAUGCCUUUUAUUGGAA